UAAGAUCUGAAAGGAUAACCUUCGUACCACUCGUAAAUAUUGUAAACAUGUUAAAAUUAAUCAGGUAUGAAGUCUAGCUUAAGGUUAAGAAUGUAGUUAUAGUGAAGUGACUGGUCUGCGCGAGAAAUUUGGCUUAUUCGGGGAUACGACUGUGUCCACUAUAGUCGGAUAUUAAAAACAAAGAUGGCGACGCUUAUGGAAGAUUUCGAACAGCAGUAUGCUAUACUUUCAGCAGAAAUUACUACAAAUAUAUCUUCUCUUUCGGCCGCAGGAGAUGGCGAAAAGCACAAAAAUAUCAGAGGAAUCGAACGCCUUCUUGAGGAGGUUAACGAACUCCUGGAGCAGAUGGAGUUGGAAGUUCAGUCAAUGGCCCCCGAACUGAAAUCGAAAUAUGCCAACCGUGUGAGAAGCUACCAGGCUGAACUGAAAAGACUCAAACGAGAAUACUUAGAUGCCCGAUCGACAAGCCGCGUAGAUCUGUAUAUUUCAAGAGACAGUAACGAUUUUCCCACCGAUGACAAGGCUCAACUCCUUGAUAACACCGAUCGUUUGGAGCGAGCUACGAGACAAUUGAAGGCUGGGCGACAGGUUGCUAUUGAAACCGAGCAGGUUGGCGCGGAAAUACUUAGCGAGUUGGGACAUCAACGAGAAGUAAUCACUCGUGCCAGGGAACGGAUCCGAGACACCAAUGAUGAUGUGACACGGAGUUCGCAGUUGUUGACUUCGAUGAUUCGGAAAGCAUUCCAAAGCAAAGUUGCGGUUCAGCUGGCUGUAGGAAUCGUCGUUUUUGGCUUUGUUCUUGCCAUCGUGCUUAGUAUUAGAAAUCACUUCUAAGAUCUAAUCACUGGAGUUAAUUAACCUGACACAAGGCUUCAUCAAAACAUAAGCCCCAAUCGAUGGGGUGAUGAACAACAUAUUUGUUUAUGGCCUUUGUAAAUAACGCCUUCACAGUGACUCACAGCAAUCAACAACAGGUCGCUCUGUUAAGUAUAUACUAAUGCCAACUGUAUUUAGUGUAAUCACCACUAAAUGAUGAGAUGAUAAAUAAUAAUAAACACAUUCCUCAUCGAGAAGAUUUGUUAACGAAAAACGAUGACCGAAACAAUAAUGGUCGAUUCGAAGUCUGUUGUAUGGAUUACUACACGCAGUAAAACUUACGAAGAGAUAUAGCAGAUGUCUAAAAUGUCCCGUGAAGAUCGGAUAUCAUAGCGGUGUGAGGGAAUGUCGGAAAACAAUAACACUUAGUCUACUAUAAUUAGAUAGGAAUAGUAACAAAGGGAAGGGUCAGGUCAAAAUAAAGUAAUCACUUUCAAUGAAAUCGGUCGAGAUAGAAAGAAAUCGAUAAAUUAGCCUAUUUUUCUACAAGUCCAGAGGGAAAAAUACGUAAUGGAACGCACCUAUCUUAGUGCAGCGCUAGACUAAUUGACCUAUUUUUGUCAUUUCUGUAUAUCACAGACAUAUCAGGUUUGUAAAUUGACUAUCCUAUCAUACAUGUAACUAGUCACUUGAUUCGGUAUCUAAUUAAUUGAGUAAAUUACGCAUAACAAGAAAUAAAUGUACCGCAUGGCUCGAUCAUAAAAUAUAAGUUUUAUAUUUCAUAUCUAGAGGCAGGCAUGUAUCAUCAUUCUCAAAGGCAAAAGAGACUGGAGUGAAGCGAGGCCUUAAAAAGCUAUUGCAAAAAAAGGAGUACAAGAUUCUAUCGAAUAUGUUCGUAUGACACCUAAGCUCCUGUCUGAAUAAUUGUGAUGCGCUAUUAGUUGGGCGAUAGAGGUUUCGCGCCAGGAAUUGACGAUGGCAGCCUGCAGAAUACUAAUCGAAUAUAGUCAAAAAAUCUAAAAUCUCCGGGGUGCUUCUAAGCUGUUUUCGUCGUCUUUAAAACUAUCUUUGACUCCGGUUAUCCAAAUAUUGUAUUCACAAGACUGCCAGGCCAGGGUGCGCCUCACAACUGAUGAGAGAUAUGGUACAAAGAAAUCUGGCAAUUAUAAAUAGUAGGAUAAUUGAAAAGGAUAAGGUUGUGCAGACAACUAGGUCUGCCCAACAGGACGAUCUAAGUCUUCAACUGUUCUCACUUGUGGUCGAUGAUCUACACACAUUCAAUGUGGACUCCCCUUUGUGAAGCUGGUUUUGUAUACUGACGAUCCAAUAGAGCACAAAGGGAACAGUACUAAUCUUCAACAGGUAUAUCAAGGAUGUUGGACUCUAAUAGUGCAAGACAGUAGUCAUAAAAUGCAGAAAAGAAAAAAAAGGCUCUUUGAGAGUGGCUCACCUAUCUUUCAUCGAAAAAAAAACUCUAAAUACGUAAUUUUUUUUACAUAUUACGGUUUUACCAGAAUAACCACAGGUACAUCUUUGACUAUAUACAUUGAAGGAGUCAGGAAAGCAUUCAUCGUGGUAACCAUGGUUAAGUAACCAAAAAAAUUAUAAUUUCCGUUUGCUCUAAAGCGAGCACCAUUAACCUUCGACGGAAUUUAGAGUAUUUGGACAGAUCUCACUACCCGCAAUUCGACGAGCCGAUAGGCAGGCAAACUAGUAUUGGUAAAAUUUGUAAUCGGCUUUCGCAAAAAGACACGGAAUCAGAUAGUGUACCUGUUGCCUGACACAACUAUGAAUCGUGGAAGAGGUCCGCCAUACAUUUUAUAUUCAUUAGAAACAUCAUUCGCUUCUUCAUCGACAGCCAAAGAGCUAUCUUGAGGGGAGAAGUGGACUCGUCGUUUUUCGUGACUCACAGAAACUGGAAGCAAACGAAUAAGUUAAACAGGCAUAUUGUUACUAAGUUCGCAGUUCAUUGGUUCUAUUUGGGAAAUGCAAGGGUAACAUGAAUUAGAACUGAAUUGGGAGCAGCAAAUACCACAUCGGUUAAUGCAGUGUAACGAAGUUCGAUCAAUCCAUCAACUGAUAAAGUCAACCAGGUUAAUGUUUAAUUGUAUCAACUUAAUCAAACUUGCCUGUUAUAUUUAUUGGAAUUAUUUUAAAUUGGAGUUCUUUACGAAGUUUUAUUAUCAUUGACCCAAUUUCUGUAAAUCCACCCUAAAACUUCUAACCUACAAAAAUAAAUGAUAUUAAAUUAAAUAAUUUUACUGUUUAUCUAGAGAUACAUACAAUGCAAUUAUUCGAGUCGAAAGCAUCCGAGAGGUAGGCUAUUUGUCGCGAGACAUAAAUAGACAUAAAUAGAGAUUACAACAUUUCUGUUAGUCAACUAGAAGAUAUAUAUGUCUAAUAACGCAAUAAGCAACGAAAAUUAGGUAAACCUUAUAUAAGGAACAUUUUUCGCAUA